UGCCGUGCUGCUGAUCUCGUCGCUGACGUUCGCACGUGACGGCAACCUCUGCCGACGGCCCGCCUUUCCUCGGCGCUUCUCUUUGCCUUAUUUCUGAUGGAUGAGACUUGGCUGCCGAUGCGAAGGAUUUAUUGCGAGCUCCUAGAAAUGAACGGAUUUAUGCUGGCAAGUACGUGCUGCUGUUGCACUUGUUCCGCCUGAAGAAUUGCCUUGGUGACAUGGAUUUUUAAACGGAGCGGAUUGCCUUGCAAGCGAACGAUUUAAAUGUAUUGCCCACGGCGAGCAGAUAUCUAGUGCUUCGACAGCUUGAUACUUGCCUCGCUGAAAUUAUGUCAAAUCGCUGAUUAGCGCAGCCUUGAAUAAUCAAAUUAAAAGUGACAAAUCAAAAACAGCCGUGAAAACAUUCCGAAACUGAGGUCGACGAGAUCAAGCCUAACCAAGGAAGGUCGAAGGAAAAGGAAAAAGCAAACAGAAGAAAAGCGAGCGUGAAACAAGUUAUAGUGCAAAUCAGCUGGCGAGAGCUUGGAAAAACUUUCGUUUCGCGGCCGGUCUGUGUAUUCUUGGCAAGAAAGCUUGAGACGAAGCUUUGUUAUCUCGAGGUACUCUCUCUCUCUCUCUCUCUCUUUCAACUUAUACGGUCGGAGAGGUGGGCUGGCGAUGCGACAAUGCAGUUGUCGGCGUGCAAGCUGUUACCUCCACUGCUACUUCUACUACUUUUCGCCGGCUACGGCGACGCCUACCUCAACCUCUUCGUCAGUCAGUCGCAAGUCAAGAAAUUGCUUGGACUCGAUGCCGAAUUAUACUACGUGAGAGAAGGCCUAAUCAACACGUACGCAAUGAAUUUUGUAGUACCCGUAGCGGCGACCAUCGACGACUUGGAAUUUACGUGGCAAAGUCUAGUUGGUCAACCGUUGGCGUACUCGAUGAAAAUUGACUACGACAUGAUGAACGUGCCAGGCUACGGUUCAGGUCUGAUGGCAUUGCUACCGCCGAAAGUGAACAUCUCAUCGAGAGGACUUGUGCCGACACAGCAGCAAGUUUUCGCGAUUAGGCUGCCCUGCUCCGGCCUCGAAAGUGCCGAGAUCAAACUCUCGAUUAAGUUGAAUGUUACCGCUCCUCCAGCGUCUAAGUACCAAGAUAUAUCUCUCGUUUUCAAGAGGAAUAAGAUCUGCAUGAAGGGCAUCAGUACGCAAUCGAAGAACGACUCGGUGAAACUGGAAGCAGGACCCGGUGUGGCGAACGGCAAUGGCUCGUUCUACAUCGCGGCCACAUGCGCUUGCGCCCUUAUCCUACUGAUCGUAAGCGUGGCCAGUGCUUUGUAUAUACGUAACAGUAAAGCAAGAUCACAGCAUCCAAGAAAAAGUCUGACAUGCUGCAGCUACUCAGCAGCCGGGACAACUGGAGUGACAGGCAGUUCAAUCCUGGUAAAAGUUGACAAUCGUCCUGGUAGUGCGAAUUCCGGGAGUUAUGCGACGAUAGCUGACCUCGAGCCACUGUAUGCCAGGCCAUGUUCCCGCGCGAGUUACUACGCUGCUACCCACGUGACCCAUUUGAGUCAGUCGACAGAUCCAUGCGAGAAAGCACGAGCGGUGGCAGUACCACGAUCGAGCUUACAAUGCCGCACAGUACUGCAAGAAGGCACGUUCGGUCGCGUAUAUCGUGGCAAUAUGAGCCAAGCGAGUCGCGAGCAGGAAGUCAUCAUAAAGACAGUUACAGAUGUCGCAUCAGCAUACCAAGCAUCACUGCUCGUCGUAGAAGGUUCACAAUUGGCAGGACUCAUACAUGGAAAUAUCGUAUCGUUAACGGCUGCUUGUCUGGAUGGUAGCUGCCCAAUGCUUGCUUACGCUUGUACACCUUGCGAGAUGAAUCUAAAGAUCUACCUUACCGACGGUAGUCAUCACCCCGUUACUCGGGAUCUUGUCAAUGUUGCCGUACAGGUUGCCAGAGCUGCCGCUUUUCUUCACGGUCGCGGACUUCUGCACAGAGACAUAGCAACAAGGAAUUGUUUAAUAGAUACCAGCUCAUUUCGCACGCGACUGGCAGACGCAGCUCUUUCGCGGGAUCUAUUCCCACAGGACUAUCACUGCUUGGGUGAUAACGAAAACCGCGCUAUCGGCUGGAUGGCGCUAGAGACAUUACAGCACGGCCAAUACAGCACCUCCAGUGACGCGUGGUCGUUUGGUGUGUUUCUCUGGGAAUUGGCGACAAUGGGUCAACAGCCAUACGCCGAGGUUAAUCCAUUUGAAUUGACAGCCUUUCUACGCGAUGGUUAUCGAUUGUCACAACCACGACCGUGUCCCGAUGAAUUGUUCGCUUUGAUGGCUGUUUGUUGGCUGCAACCUGUUCGCGACAGACCUACGAUGCCUCAACUACUCGCGUAUCUACAAGAGUUUUACGAUGCUCUUGGUGGAUUCAUCUAAGCUUCAUCCAAACGAAGUGACAAAGUGAAAAAAAGUCGAACUUUACCAACUAUCAAAUUGAAUUUUUGUUGUGUGUGAGAGAGCGACCUUGCCGAGUGAAUCAAAUGCGUCAUCUUUUUUGCGCUUUCGCAGCAGGACAAAAAAGGAAAAUCUAAUGAAAAAGACUUAUUCGACACUUUUGCGUGAUGCAAGUUAUAUAACGAGGAAAAAAGUACGAGAGAGAUGUUUUUCAUUGGAUUUCUUUUUUCCGGGUAUGCUUGGGACUUCUCUUGCAAUGCUGUAUCGCUAAUUGAAGCUUCGCUAAAAUAAAACUCUCGUGAGCGUGUUAGGAGAUGAACUAAAAUCUGUUAAAGAUCUUGCAAAGCUGCAUUGCCGCAAUCUCGGGCUAUGGUAACGGCCCAAGGCAAGUCUUAUAUACGUAGGGAUUUUGCCUUUUCAAUGAAAAACAAAAAAAUCAUGUAACACGUUAGCUAGUCAAAAAACAUAAACAGUAUACUUACGAAAUAACAUGGAAAGUAAUAACAAAUAGUAUUUCUUUCUAAUCAAAAGGAUAAUAGAACGUUUAAUUAUGUUUCGAAAAUGUUUUAUUUUAGUGAAUGUAAUUAUCUACUAUCUAGUUAUUUUUUCUUUGAACAUUUAUUUAAAUUAAAUGAAGCCUGUCGAUAGGCAACCGCGCCUGACUGCCAUGUAAUACAAAAAGUAUUAAACAGGUAUUAUUAGUGGAGAAGUUUAUUUAUUGUCAUAUUAUUGUGAGUUCCUCGUUUGUGUUAAUUUCAACCUUCUAGUCAUCAUGUAGUCGUAUUUUUGUAAAACUUACAAAUCAAGAUAUUAGUGUUCAUUCGUUUUAUAUGUAAAAUUGUCUUUCGGAAUUGCGUUCGAGUAUUUAAUUAAAAAUCGCAUACGUUUCAAACUAUGUAAAUACAUUCAAGGAAAUCUGAAAGACAACCGACACUUACUCUAACAGGAUAUCAUUGCUGUUAAUAAAUCGCUAAUAAUCAACGUGACAAGGAAUCUUUCAUACUCAUCUAUACACAAACAACUACUUUGAUCGUACGCACAAUAUUUCUUGUACAACCUUCUUUUUUAUUUUAUCAAGCUUUUCUUGUUUAUUGACGUUUAAAUCAAGAACGUCACAGGUUCCUACAACUAUAUGGUAACGUUGCGUAUUGAUCAUACUUACUCAUGUACUUUACGAUCAAACAAAGUAUUCAUUUACAAAAUAACUGGUAAAUCAAAACAUGGAAAAGUUCUUGGACGAAAAUUUUUUUUAUUAAAGAUAAUCGAUACUAUAGAUGUUUAAUAUUCAAUCGAAUUUGUAACGAAUUUUUCGAAGCCAUAUCUAUAAGUAAUCAAACUACAACAAAGCUACAACAAAGCCAAUGAAAAGUCAUUUGGUUCUAUACUAUCAUUUGUAUAGUUACAUAAAGGAAAGUAUUUUUAUUGAUGUUACUUCAAGUGUUAUUUUAGAUAGUUUUACAAGUAGAAAAGUAUUUUUAUUAACUUACACGCUAGUUAGUCUUAAGCCAUAAUCGCAACAACAUCUCAUCUAUGCACAAUUUUCUUUUCUACGCACUCUUUGCUCUCGACGGUAAACAUUCUCUCUGUUGCUGUAAAAUAUUUCCUCAUACAAGUACACUCUAUAACUCAACGUGGUUUCCGUGCAUAAUAAAAUAGCGAGAAAAAAUUGUACACAUAAAGCUUCUAACGCACAGUUUUCAAAUGUCAAUCGACCAUAAGUAAUAAGCAAUCGUACAGGAAACCCGAAUAGUUUUUAACAGAACGCGGCCGUUGACAAGAAGAAAUUUUUCGCGCAAAGCCUUGCUUUCAAAACUGGACGUAUACGCUCUUUACCUGCCAACAAUUAUUUGCUAAUCUCUUCGCGCUCGCGCGAGCGGGCAAAGCUGAAGUUGCGUUGUAGGUAGGCAGUUUUCUCAAAAGAACUCGCACUCUCGUAUAUAAUCGUCGCUGUAUGUGUAUAAAACACUCUUUCUCUAUCUCUUUCACUCUAACUCUUUAGAUGUUCUUUGCUAAGUGGAAGUACAGGGUAGCGCGCUUCCUUUUCUCGCCGAUUGCUUAGAUGCCGAAUGACGUGUAUCUGUGUAUGAGUGUGAAAAUAAUGCCGCACCGACACUUUCUUUUUUAACGUGGCGAUCGGUAUGAUCUCGUUGUAUUUUAUUUGAGACGCGCGCGUCGUGUGCAAAGUAUUAUAAAAAAUUGUAUAAUUAAAAUUUUCAGUAAAAUACAAAAGAGACGAAGACGAUCGCGCGAAUGGAAACUUCUAGGCGAUGCGUAAAUAACAUUUGUAAAUAGAGUCAUCGUUAUGCAGCCGUGCAUUAUACAUGUGUAAUCGGCAGGUUAACAUUGAAGCGAAAGAAAAGGGGUAUAAUGUUGUAAGUGCGUGUUGGAUAGAU